GCUUGCUGUUGCCACGGUGACCACGCCUGCGCGUGGCCUGAGGGGGGGGGCAGGGGCGCUGGGAGGAAGUGGGGCCGAGCUUUUGAGCCACGGGUCGGGCGCCUGCAAGCUGAACGCGGCAUGAACAGGUUUAAUCUUGUCUUGGGUCAAGGGAUUCCUCGGCCGGCAGCCCCAAAGGUUUCUGGAAUGAUGGAAGUAAUUGCUCCUGAAGAUGGAUUUAUCCUGGAAACAUGUUUACCGUUGUCAAGGCAUAGUAGUUUAGGUUGGACAGAUGCAAUGAAGGAACAGAAGAACAGACAGAAUGGAAGGUUGCAUGUGUUUGGCCCAAAAGAAGAAGUGAUUAUUGAACCAGUUCAAACGGUAUCACGCAUGGGAUCUGGGAACGAAUCUACAAGCAGACCUUAUACUCCAUCAAAGCAAAUCUUGUUAUGUGCAGCUAAGUCAUCAUUGAAAAAACGGAAUGCUUUAACAAGGAUCGUAAAACAUAAAAAUCCAAAGACUAGUGUAAGACUGCAUGAUCACAUAGAAGAAGAAGCAGACAUUUGUAAUGAUCAACAGUUAAAAACUGAUUUACCCGGACUGAAUUAUGAAAUUAAGAUAAUUGAGACAAAGACAGACUCAGACGUCAAUGAUGAAGAAGAGAAAAAAAUUAAGAAUGUUGAAAAGACUGCCAACAGUGGGGCCAGUACUGAUACACAAGAGGAGAGUAUUAAGAAAGACAAUGCUGAGGAGAAACCAUCAGAUAGUUCUGCUGAUGAUGACGAUGACGACAAUGAACAAAGUAACAAUGAAGUUAAAAAGAGAAGUGCACCGCUAGAAUUAAUGGGAGAGUUUUUGAAAGCAAUAAUGGAGCGGAACUACAGUCUUGCAAAGAAACUUUGUCAGAUGAUUCUUAUAUAUGAACCAGAAAACCCUGAGGCCAAGCAGUUUCUUCCACUUAUUGAGCGAAAACUCGUACUAGAAAGUGAACGCCGUGCUGAAGAAGGUGAAGAAACUGAUGAAGGGAGCAGUGACGACAGUGAAGAGAGCACCAGCAAUACUGAUAAAAGUGGGACUGACAGUGAAGCAAGUUCCAGAGAUUCUGAUGAUAAUGACUAGGAGUUCCAUGAAUUUGUGUAUUCUUAAUUUGUUGUCUUUGGAAUGCGUCCAUUAAAAUGAGCUGGUUUUAUUCAUAAAAAAUUCCUUUCACAAUUCUUUUCUUAUAUUUGCAUCACCUCAGUGCUCCACUGUUUUCAUCAAGUAGUUAUUUUUGCAUUAAAACUUGCUUCACCAUAGACAA